AUAAACGGCCGCCACGGGGGCGACGACGUGCUGCUCGUGUACAGUUGCUGCUGGGAUCGCGCGUAUCGCAAAACGCUUUGAAAAUUAAUAGCUGUUUGGAUGGCCGAACAACGAUCGUCUCACCGCCAGUAAACGGCCAGUGAACCAGACGACGUCUACGCCGUCACUUACGACCACACCGUUUCGUAAUUUAUGGCCGCGUCGAGACGUGCACUCUUAGCUUUUACACACUCCGUUCGUUUAUCGUUCGACCUUUUUGCUGACCAUUGUACGAUCAGUGUCUGCGCAGUCAGUGUUCCAAAAACGAUUCUUUUCUUUUAUCACUAUGGCUAAAACUAAAAAUGAUUCUGAAGACAUGAAUGUUUCAAAGCCAACAAUAUCAGUUGCCUUAACAAUGAUUUCCAUUCCAUUGUCAAUGAUAUUAUGGAUUAUCAAUAUUCUGUUCAGAAAAUUAUAUGGCGAUAAUACAAAUGAACUAGAUGAGGGACUUCCGCCAUUCCGUUGGUUUAUAUCUAUUUUCCUUCCAUUAUUUAUGGCUGUAUGGGGUUAUACUAAACGCAGUUUAAAUCUUAGCGGUGCACUAUUGGGUGUAUUUGUUGGUUUUGUUUUGACAUUAAGCAAUUAUGGAUUCUUUGCUUGUUUACUUACCUUCUUUGUUACAUCUUCACGUGCAACAAAAUUUCGAAGCAAAACUAAAAAGCAAUUAGAAUCAGACUUUAAAGAAGGUGGACAAAGAAACUGGAUUCAGGUAUUAUGCAAUGGUGGCAUGGCUACUCAAUUAGCACUCUUAUACAUUUUAGAUGUUGGAUGUGGUGAACUACCCAUUGAUUUCAACCGUUAUUAUCGACCGUCUUGGUUAUCCCUUGGAAUACUAGGUGCUUUUGCUAGUUGUAAUGGUGAUACGUGGGCUUCAGAGUUGGCGACAGUCUUGGAUAGUGGAUUACCUGUAUUGAUAACCACUUGUAAACCAGUUCCCAAAGGUACAAAUGGUGGUAUAACAGCUAUUGGAUUAGUUGUCAGUUUAUUGGGCGGUCUUGCUAUUGGAUUGGCAAAUUAUGCAAUGCUCAUCUACAUGAUUGAUGCAGAUAUGUUAGCUCGAAGUCCUGCACAGUGGCCAAUAAUAAUUGCUGGUGGUUUUGCUGGACUAGUUGGCAGUAUUGUUGAUUCUGUAUUAGGUGCCACCUUACAGUAUAGUGGUUAUAAUCGAAAUACUGGAGUAAUUGUAGAACAGCCAGGUAAAGAUGUCAUGCACAUAUCUGGGAGGAGAAUAUUAGAUAAUCACAGUGUCAACUUAAUAUCAAGUGUGAUUAUGGGAAUUUUGACUCCUAAAAUUGCGUACUUAGUUUGGCCCUGAAUCAUUUGGUCACUUAAAACUUUUAUUAAAUGUGACUAUUUUAUUUCAAUAUCUACUUUUAAAUAUUUGUUAAAUUCUAAUUUUAUUUUAUUUUUAUCAAUGUUAGAUAUUAGAUCUGGAGUUAGACUGACACACUUUUUUUUGUAAAUAAAAUGAAAAUUUGAUAUACAU